UCCUGCUGCAGGGUUCUACACACUCUGACUCUAGUCUCACCGUGAGGAGGAACACUACCGAGAAAAGAAAAGAUGGCAGAAGUAGCACCAGCUGCAGCUCCAGCCGCUCCGGCCAAGGCCGCCAAGAAGAAGGCUUCUAAACCCAAGAAGACCGGCCCCAGCGUCGGGGAGCAGAUCGUUAAAGCCGUGGCCGCAUCCAAGGAGCGGGGCGGCGUGUCGGCGGCCGCCCUGAAGAAGGCUCUGUCUGCCGGAGGCUACGAUGUGGAGAAGAACAAGGCCCGCGUCAAGACCGCCAUCAGGAGUCUGGUGGCCAAGGGGACUCUGGUCCAGGUUAAGGGGACCGGGGCUUCCGGCUCCUUCAAGAUGAGCAAGAAGGCUGACACCAAGGUGAAGAAGCCGGCCAAGAAAGCCGCUCCUAAAGCCAAGAAGCCCGCCGCCGCCAAGAAACCCGCAGCGGCUAAGAAGCCAGCAGCCGCCAAGAAGUCCCCGAAGAAGGUCAAGAAGACCGCAGCGGUCAAGAAACCCACCAAGAGCCCUAAGAAGGCCACCAAGAGCCCCAAGAAGGCUCCCGUCAAGAAAGCUGCCAAGCCCAAAGUAAAGAAGGCACCCGCAGCCAAGAAGGCCCCCGCCAAGAAGGUUGCCAAGCCUAAAGCCAAGAAGGCAGCACCCAAGAAGAAGUGAGCUGCUCUGGGUCUGAAACAUGGAAAACUAUUUCAAAAAGGCUCUUUUAAGAGCCACACACACUUUCACUAAAGACCUGAUUCCUGCUCAACAUUAUUUGACGUGUUGAUUAGCCAAUCAAUAACCCAAUACACCAAACCACUGUUUCUUAAAAUGCCAUUUAAAAAAAAAAAGAAAUUCAUUAUCCCACAUCAAUGUCAAUAAGCCCUGAAAGAUUCCUACAGACGACUUACUAGUGUAUCAAUGUACAUGGGCCUAUUUACUGAGAGAAGGGCCAGACAACAGGAGUAGUAGUAAUAACGCAUAUAGAGCUGACAACUCCUUUGCUUUGACUUUUGGCCUGUCACUACAUUUUUUAAGGUUUUAAAAUUAUUGUCAAUCGAUGUGGUGCCGAACAGAAAACCAACUUAACUAAAGGAACAGAUGCAGAGAGCUAUAUAUAUAUAUAUAUAUAUAUAUAUGUGUGUGUGUGUGUGUGUGUGUGUGUGUGUGUGUGUGUGUGUGUGUGUGUGUGUGUGUGUGUGUGUGUGUGAAAUUAGGCUGAAACCAUAAAAAGGCUGCCAUGAAAUUUACUGAAUAAUGACAAAAUAGAAAAGAAAUGUGUUUCAUCUACAUUUUUCAUCAUUUACAUUCUGAGUGUAAUAAAGCUGUCAAUACUAA